AUGAAGCUAAUUUUGUUCAUGAAUCUCUUCUCUCUGUCUACAGCAUUUUGGCUAUUUAAAAUCUUCCAGAAAAAAAACACAAUCUCAGCCCAAUGUGUCAACGAAGUCAAUAAGCAGAACUUCAUGAACCAUGUGGCAACACAGAACGCGUGUACGACGUAUGCGAAAAAUGGUUGUUCUGAUUGUAUUGUGCCCGAAAACUCGACGCAUUGUUUCUCCGGCCAAAGUCUAAUUAUCAAGGCUCAAUUCCUAAAUUAUUGCACAAUGAGUGGUGCCUCAAAAUCGCUAGACAACUGA